AUGCCUCAUUUACAACACCUAAAUCCUGACGACGAUGAUGACUGGGGUUCCUCACCGUCGCCCGAACCAAGUCCCAACCUUGGUGUAGACAUAGGUCAAGACGAAAGGACGCUGAGCAUAUAUGAAGGCAACACGUUGCGCAGUCCCUCCGCAGACGAUAUCGACCCAAGAUCAAGCGAGACAUCGGCCGCAGGUCAGACCAGAGUCACCUUCAACGUGUCCGCCGACAUUAGCGUUGCAACUCCCUGCCAGUCUGUCAACCCGAGCUUGAACAUGUCAAGUCCAAGCACAUCCCCAGUACAGCAAUCUCCUGCCGCCAGCCCGUCUUCACACGAACAUGCUCCGAGCCAAAGUGACGGAACACCGCCGGCCAAACAAGCUACGACUCGUGUCAUCGAACUCGAGAGCACGCCCGAAAUAUUUGAGACAAAUAAGGGAGGCCCCCGUUUGCUCUCGUCUGGUUCAAGUUCCAAGCUUCUCAACAGCUGGACCAACAAUGUGCCCAAAGUGAGAAAAGACGAAUGGUCGGAUGACAGCAGCGAUGAGUUCCAGGGAAAGCAAGACGAGGAGGAAGUUGAACUAUACCACAAGCCAGCACAUAACAGCGCGGAUGCUGCUACGCCGGAGUCCGUCGAGUAUGUUCAGACGACGAACUCGCUAUCACCUGCAGUCACCCGCGAUCGUCUUGAUGGACACAGGCGCGAUGACACAAUGAGCAGCGGGCGAGAUUUGGCCAACGAGCUGAAUGCAAACAUGGGAGCCAGCCGUCCCAAGAGAACCCACCCUUACUAUUCCGUCCGGUAUCGUUUCCCGAAGGUCCCUCGCAAGGACCUGGAACAUUAUGUCUUUCUCGCCGCAUGUGUCAAGCAUGCCGGGGACCAAUUCAGGCCCGACAUGACGGCAGUCGCCCAGGAAUGCGGGCUGUCAGCAAGCACCGUGGGAAAGAAGCUCCGAAAGCUCAAGAAAAGACUCAACGAAGAGGGUGCCGCCUACGGCCACCCGGAUAUUACGCAGCCUUACGAUUCACGUGGGUAUAAUCGACUAGUUGCAGGGGCUCUGACUGAUGGGCAUUGA